AGAUGUGAUGCUGGAGACCUACUGGAACCUCACUGUUAUAGGCUACACUUGGGAAAACCAUCAUAUUGAAAGACAUUGUCAAAGUUCAAGAAGAAAUGAAAGGUAUGUAAGUAAUCAUAGUGGAGAGAAACUCUAUGAAUGUAAUGAACGUUCUAAAGCCUUUUCAUGUCCCAGUCAUCUCCAAUGUCAUAAAAGAAGACAAAUUGGAGAGAAGACACAUGAACAUAACCAAUGUGGUAAAGCCUUUCCAACACCCAGUCAUCUUCAAUAUCAUAAAAGAACCCAUACUGGAGAGAAACCUUAUGAAUGUCAUCAAUGUGGUCAAGGCUUUAAAAAAUGCAAUCAUCUCCAACGUCAUAAAAGAACACAUACUGGAGAGAAACCCUAUGAAUGUAAUCAGUGUGGUAAAGCCUUUCCAACACCCAGUCAUCUUCAAUAUCAUAAAAGAACACAUACUGGAGAGAAACCCUAUGGAUGUAAUCAAUGUGGUAAAGCCUUUGCAAGACCCAGUCAUCUCCAACAUCAUAAAAGAACACAUACUGGAGAGAAACCCUAUGAAUGUAAUCAAUGUGGUAAAGUCUUUUCACAUCACAGUAAUCUCCAACAUCAUAAAAGAACACAUACGGGAGAGAAACCCUAUGGAUGUAAUCAAUGCGGUAAAGCCUUUGCACAACUCAGUAGUUUCCAAUGUCAUAAAAGAACACAUACUGGAGAGAAACCCUAUGAAUGUAAUCAUUGUGGUAAAGCCUUUGCACGUCACAGUUAUCUCCAAUGUCAUAAAAGAACACAUACUGGAGAGAAACCCUAUGAAUGUAAUCAAUGUGGUAAAGUCUUUUCACAACACAGUCAUCUCCAAUGUCAUAAAAGAACACAUACUGGAGAGAAACUCUAUGAAUGUAAUCAAUGUGGUAAAGCCUUUGCAUGUCACAGUAAUCUCCAACGUCAUAAAAGAACACAUACUGGAGAGAAACCCUAUGAAUGUAAUCAAUGUGGUAAAGUCUUUUCACAUCACAGUAAUCUCCAACAUCAUAAAAGAACACAUAAGGGAGAGAAACCCUAUGGAUGUAAUCAAUGCGGUAAAGCCUUUGCACUACUCUCUAGUUUCCAGUGUCAUAAAGGAACACAUACCGGAGAGAAACCCUAUGAAUGUAUUCAGUGUGGUAAAGCCUUUGCAAGACCCAGUCUUCUCCAGUUUCAUAAAAGAACACAUACUGGAGAGAAACCCUAUGAAUGUAAUCAGUGUGGUAAAGCCUUUGCAAGACCCAAUCAUCUCCAAUAUCAUAAAAGAACACAUACUGGAGAGAAACCCUAUGAAUGUAAUCAAUGUGGUAAAGCCUUUGCAGGUCACAGUAAUCUCCAACGUCAUAAAAGAACACAUACUGGCGAGAAACCCUAUGAAUGUAAUCAAUGUGGUAAAGUCUUUGCAGGUUACAGUAAUCUCCAAUGUCAUAAAAGAACACAUACUGGAGAGAAACCCUAUGAAUGUAAUCAAUGUGGUAAAGUCUUUUCACAACUCAGUAAUCUCCAACAUCAUAAAAGAACACAUAGUGGAGAGAAACCCUAUGAAUGUAAUCAAUGUGGUAAAGUCUUUUCACGACACAGUCAUCUCCAAUGUCAUAAAAGAUUCCACACUGGAAAGAAACCUCAUGAAUGCAAUCAAUGUGGUAAAGACUUUUUAAAACUCUAUAGUCUCCAUUAUUUUCAAAGAACACAUAGAAGACAGAAACCUUUGGAAGGUAAUCGGUGUUGUAAAGCAUUUGAUGUCACAGUCAUCUAUGAUGACUUAAAGAUCACAUACAAGUGAGAACCCAUGUGAAUGUUAUGAACGUAGUAAAGCCUUUGUGUGUCAUAGUUCUUUAGGCACACACAAGACAAACCACACUGCAGAGAAACCCCAAUUUAAAUGUUUGCUUUUCUGAGAGUUGGUUUGGUCAUGAGAUCUUUUCCUAGCCAUUGAAAAGCUGAGGAAGAAACCCUCUGAGUAUAUUUAAUAUGGUAAAGCCUUUGCACAAUUUUGUAGUCAUUUUCAUCAUGGAAGAUUUUGAACUGGGUAGAAACAUUGUGAAUCUAUUUAGUAUAGUGAAGCUUUUUCAUUGAACUUCUUUUUAUGUAUAUUUUUCUUUUUAUGAGAAUAUUCAUGCUGGAGACAGAUGCUAUGAAUAUCAGCAGUGUGGUAAAGCUUUUAAGUUGUUGGAUCCACUGAGGUUCAACACAACUCACACUCCAGGACAAUGCAAAGGAUAAGAAUUUAUUGGGCUGGGUGGUGGUGGCGCACUCCUUUAAUCCUAGCACUCUGGAGGUGGAUGCAGGCAGAUAUCUGAG